CGUCUUUCGACCGUCACCCCAUCUGCGUUUGUAUACCAAUCUGCGUUUGUAUAUCGUCGUGGCAUAAUCGCAGCACCCCCACAUUCUAUCUUGUUUGCCACAGAAUCUCCUUCUCCAACAAUGGCCAGCCAACAGCUCGAGCAGGCUUACGAAAAGUACCGAUACGAAGCCCUCUUCGGCGUCUGGCUUGUCGUGACCGGCGCAACCUUCAUGCGCAUCAAACGCCAGCCCUACUCCAUGCGUCUCAAGGUCGAGCAGUGCCAUCGUGCUUGGAAUUGGCAUGACCCCGAAGCGUGGAAUGAGGCGUGUUGCGUAGCCCACAAGCGCCAAAACAUCGAAAAGACCCUUAGCACCUCCCAGCUACCCUCCCCACUGCACCAAAGUCACCGACGAGGUGGAGUCUCGAUUUCCGAGGCAGUGCUCAAUCCGUGGAAUCCACUCUAUGCAGUGGCUCCUUUCAUCAUCGUGACGGUGUCUGUUCCGUUAGCCAUCUUCGCCGUGGCCACGACCUCCAUCGCGCUUUCCUUGUUGGCCUUUCGUGGCUUCAUAGUUUAUACGCAGCUGGGUACUGCACUAUUAGGUGCCUGGCUUUCACCAACACCGUCGAAGCCUGUCCCUGUUCAGCGUCCGUACCUGUCCGAACGAUCGUCUCCGCCUCGCAACCGCAACCGCCGCAACAGUAGCAAUGGCAGUGGAACGUCUCUUCAAGACUCCAUGGUGUCAGCUUCACGCCUCGGCCCGAAGUCCGGCUCGUUUACUGCGCUGCUCGGUGAAGGAAGCCCGACUCGCGACUACGAGGGUGUCGGCGGCUGGAGAGAUACUGGUAAUGAGGACGAGGAAGCGUUGUGGAUGGGCAUGAACUCGAGACUACAGCUCCCUGCUGCAACAUCUGGUCGACGCCACCAGCGACGCCACACCGGCGGACAGAGUCCCACGCAGCGCUGGAGCUGGAGCCCAGAAGUCUUCCGCAUGAGCCCUGUGCAGAGCCGCGCCAGAACACCGAUCCGAGUUGCCGCAAACGAGGGGUACGAUCUCAGCGAAUACUUUCCUAGGCAACCUGUAAUAGGAGAUCGUCCGAUUGGCAUUGCACCGGACCCAUCGAAGCGACACAGUCGGAGGCUCAGUGGCAGUGGCAGUAGUAUCGCCAGCGUGACUUCGAGCAUGAUGACCCCCGUCAAAGAAGCCGGAGAACCCCGCAAGUACCCCAUACACGCGCACAAACACACCAAACCGUCGCACACAGCCAUGAACCCCCUCAGCGCCCCAUCGCGACACAACACCGACUGGAAACCCGUAGCUAUCUUCGCAGCCGUUCUCAUCUCCCUCAGCAUCGUCAUCGGGGCAGUAGGCUACUACCUCAAGAUCCAGCUGAGGCGGGCGCAAGCUGAGGCGGGCGCAAGUUCAAGGCGCCGCACUACGUGCUCCUCCACUGCCUCCGGCUGCUAG